AGAGAAGAGAAACUAGGGUUACAACAGAUACAGCCGCAACUAGAGCUAAUGCCGAUUCUAGAGAGAGAUGAGUAUGACGAUUAUAAGUUUCUUCGCAUUGUAGAUGCCAUGGCUUCAAUCAAUCAAAAAGUUAACCUCAUUGGUGUUGUCAUCGAGACCGGUCUGCCCAAGAAAAGCAAAGGCACUGAUUGUGUUUGGACACUAAAGAUUGUUGAUGAAUCACAUCCAAGCCCUGGGAUCUCCGUUAAUGUUUUUGCUGAAAAUUUUGAAAAGCUUCCACGUGUCGAGUCAGCUGGUGACAUUGUUCAGCUUUCACAUGUUGUGAUGAAAAUUCAUGGGUCAGAGGUUUAUGCUCUUUUUAAUAAAAAGUAUUCUUCAUUUGCAUUAUAUGAAGGAAGAGAUUGUUCAGAAUUUGUACCUUAUCAAGUUUCAUCCAAGUUUCAUGCUAGAGAGCAAGACAAGAAGUUGAUAGCGGGAUUGAGAAAGUGGACAAUUAGUCGCCAACAUGAGACAGCAUUAAGUGAUUCCUUGUCAUUGAAAGAGAUCAAGGAAGGACAUCGAUUCAACUUGACUUGUAAGGUUCUUCAUAUCUGUGAAGUCAAGGAAGGUGAGUGGAUGCUUUUUGUAUGGGAUGGAACUGAUGCUCCACCGCUGAAUGUUCAUACAAAGCUUGACGACGAGGUUGAAAACCCUCUUCCUCUGCAGUUAGAAGCAUCUCCUUUGUCAAGAGAUGUUUUGUGUACAUUCCCAUCUGUUGGAACUGUCUUAAGGAUGACUGCUGAACAAUGCAAUGAGAAGCUUGGCCUUCACAUACUGAAGGCUGGCAGAUGGGUUCAGUUUAGGAAUAUAAAUUUUAAAGUUCAUUCUGGUUUAUGGUGUGGAAUUCUGCAGCCGUUUUCUAAGUUCAGUUAUCUGCCCAAGAACGAUAACCUUGUUUUACAGUGCCAAAGGGCAUAUGAUGAACGGGUGAAAAGGAAAUGGGAUCGAAUGCCAUUAUCAAGCUUCCCUUGGCCUUCCCAUAUUACAGAUACCGACUAUCCGGAUGUGCCUUUUGUUACACUAAUGGACAUCUUAUCCUAUCCUGAGAGUGGAUGAUUCUUAUCUUUUGGAGGAAAAUCCAAUUAUGUCAAGAUAUCGGAAUAACCAUGACAAAAAAUGUUGGUGAGAUUUUUUGCAAAAGGAGUGUGACUCCACCCAUCUCCUUGUAGUUCUGUAAAUAUAACUGAAGUGAAUGAUGUUGUCCAACCGUACUGUUAUUCUGGUACAAAGUAACAAAAUAUAGAUAUAAACAAACAAGGAAUAAUGUCCAUAUGUUGUUUCUGGCCCUAGAAUGAGUAUGAUUCAAAUCAUUCACUAAUCUGGCCCUAGAAUGAGUUGAAAUUUUUGAGAUGACUCAAAGACAGUUUGUUAGUAUUCUAGUGGUCACUUGAACGAUACUUUUGAAUUAUAAUUGUUAAUUUCUUGGAGGAAUCGGAAAGUUAUUUCUUCCCACAAACUGAGGUAUUCACAGUAGCCCCGUCACGCCUUCUUGCUCCCCAGCCAACAUCAAAACCAAAUGAAAUGAAACGAACCCAAUAAUUCCACUUGAAAGAAGUGUGAGAUGUAUGCAGACUUGUCAUCUAGGGUAGAGCGACUGUUCCAUGAAGACCCCCAACCAACAUCAAUGGAAGUGUUUCCUACUUCUUUAGAUCUCAGGCGUUGAUGUUGGCAGGACACUCUGGAUGCAUCAACUCACACAAAUUAACUCAUCAAAAUACUU